AUGUCCAUCGCCGUAGUUUCAGUUUCCACGAUGCAUUUGACAAGCUAACGCCUCUCCGCUCGUGUCAUAUCCCGGGGAAGCGUUUUCCGUCAAAGCGUGACCUGCUCUUUGACGGAUUUAUUUGUAUCUUUCGGUCGUUCAUAUCGACGCAGGUUGGCAUCCUGGCACGGAACAUGAAUAUGGCCGCGCUCCUCCCGGAGGUUCGAGGACUUCAGACGGAUGAGGAUGAAUCCAGAAUCUUAAGGGUGAAAGUCAUUGGUGGAAUUGGUUUGGCUAAGAAGGACAUUUUGGGUGCCAGUGAUCCGUACACAAGAAUCUCUCUCUAUGACCCCGUCAAUGGAGAAAUUACCGGUCUACAGACCAAAACCAUCAAAAAGACAUUGGAUCCGAAGUGGAAUGAGGAAUUCUUCUUUAGGGUAAGUGAACGGGGAUUUAUGGAGAUCAUGCUUCUGUCAGCUGGUUGGAGCAUCUUUGUGAAUCUAAUAAAAGCUGUCAAGAAAUGUCACCUCAAAAUGAAAAUGUUUUAUGAAUUAUGAAAAAAUGAAUUA